AUGGACGACCAGGUGAUGAUGCCAACAAAGCCCAGCCAACACGGUGGCUCAGAGGACCAACCCCCAGUACUCCCACAGAAGAGCGCUCUCCGAGCAUCACGACUACUUGACAACCUCGUUGGCUUGAAGUUGACAAUGCCAGACCCGCCUACCUUUACACAAACACCACACGACGAGUACAUGUCCUCAGAAGAAGACGCUUCGUCGACAGCUGGUGACUUCUCAGACUUCGAGUACGACUCAAGUAGCGACGAUGUCUGCCCUUCGCCUGCGAAAGACCGAAGGAGCCACGAGGUCACGGCCCGGGUAGUGUCAGUCAUCUUCUCAGGGAAGCCUUCAGUCGUGGAUGUACCACAAAAUCGACGAUCAAUGUCACCCACCUCGUUCGAGAGGCGGCAGAGCAUUAUGGAUCUGACCUCGGAUUCGUUGGGGCAAGACUCUGAAGUCAAGAGGCGGCGGAUGUCUGUCUCGACCACAUCAUCCGACUCUGUCUCCACCAAACCGACACGGGUGGCUCACCCCCCUCGGAGCAGCAGCAUGCAGCCCAUAUCUACUCACAACACCAUCAAGAAGACGAAACCGGCCUUCCUACAGAUCGAUCCUUACGCCAAUGGCAGCGUUUACUCGCUAGACAUGGUACAGGAACCCAAGGAGGCAGAGCAGGAGGACGAGCGGCCCAAGACACCCAGGACACCCACCAAGAUGUUCAAGGGUGUCGCGAGGACACUGAGCCUGAUGAAGAGGCGAAGCACCCCGAGGAUGAACCAAGCCUUCUUGUCACCCUCCACAGAAAAUGUUUCACUGGGGACCUCGCCGUCGAAGCGCAGUAUUCUAGGCGAGCCUCUGUGCGAAGCACCGCAGGAGAUGGUUCAGGAGGAGACAGCCGAAUUCGCUGCGCCACCACCACCGCAGAGGCCGCCGCCACAACCUCUCUCGUCCGCAGUCACCUACGACGAGAUUGUCCGCGUUGCCAAGAGGAACGAGAGGAUCGAAAGGAAUGAGAAGCUUCUGUCGGUUGCACGAACACCAACAAGUGAACUCGCCGAAUCACCUAUCUCUCCCAUGUCUCCUUUGUCUGCAACAAGCACCAACACCACCGCUACCACCGGCAAGAGAAUGUCAAGCUUCAACGCCGCGCGGAGGAGAAUGAGCAUCAAGCUCACCGGAAAAUUACAACUAUAA